GGAGUGGUCGAGACAGGUAGUAGGUGAGACUCAUCUUCAAGCGCACAGUGUCGCUAUCAGGAGCCGGUCAGUGUGGACCUGAGUCAGAACUGGCGUUGCCAGAAAGCGAUGGCCAAAACUGCAGAUUAGGUUUUGAUAUUGUUUAAAGCGUCAGUCACAUGCUCACAGGGCCAUGUCUCCGUACAAAGCCGUCCUUGUGGUGCCCAGCGCCUGAAGAGGAUUAGACGUUGAGCCGCUCUCCGCUCUCCCGGCACAUAGUACACGGUGCGAGGGGUCUGGAAAUAGGAUGUCUUGCCUGUCUUAAAGUCUGACAAAGUGUUUCAUCUGAACAAUGAAAAAAUAAUGAGUAGAAGGGCAACAAAGCGAACUACUUUAACUGAACGGCAAACAUACCAAUACUUGAUAGGAAGGCAGCAGGAGUACAGAAGAGCUGGAGAUUGUUUUGAGUAUCUGUCAAAAGAAGAUGGAAGAGGUGAGGGAGGUGAAGUACCGAAGUCAGAAGGCGAAAGGAUACGUGAACCCACCAGAUGGAGGCUGGGGCUGGAUGAUAGUCGUCCAUUUCUUUCUGGUGAACGUUUUGGUUAUGGGAACACUGAAAACCUUUGGGAUUUUCUUUGUGACCUUGCAGGAAGUAUUUGGAGCCUCCUCGGAGCAGAUCAGCUGGGUCGGCUCUAUUAUGUCCAGCCUCCGCCUCUCUGCAGGUCCAAUUGCUUCGGUUGCUUCUGGGAAGCUGGGGGAUCGGUGGACUUCAAUUCUGGGCUCUGUCCUCGUGAGCAUGGGAUUUCUCAUUAGCAUGCUGGCUACCAAUGUGGUCUUCCUUUAUAUGUCUCUUGGAGGUGUUGUUGGAAUUGGCUUUGCUUUUCUCUAUCAAGCAGCAAGUGUCAUGCAGGCAAAGUACUUCAAAAAAAGACUUGCUACAGCCUACGCCAUUGCAAGGUCAGGAAUGGGCCUGACAUUUGCCCUCGCCCCUUUCACACAGUUAUUGCUUGUAGAAUAUGAUUGGCAAGGUGCAUUGCUUAUUUUGGGAGGUAUAAUGCUGAACCUUAUUGCUACUAGCAUGUUAUUGAGGCCAAUUUACCUCCAGGAAAACCAGCCCAAGACCUCAGAAUCAACUUCCAACACAAAAACACUCAUAAAUGCUCAGAACAGUCUUUUUCAGAAUGGAACGACUAAACAAGGUACCUUUGAGAAACAUUCAGAAGGCUGUUUAAUCUCUGCCAACCCCACACUGAGUCAUUUGGCAAUUGGUCACCUUGGUGAUUCCAAGGGCCAUGAUACCUGUAUCUUGACUGACGACAGCCUAAGCAUCAAUCCGUUGCGAGUGGAGGCGGAGACCAGCAUCACACAUGAGAGCAUAGCCUUUUUGGAUAAAGUAACUUUCAAAAAGACUCACAGUGAGAUUGUUGAUUGCUCGAGCAAGGACAAGGGAACGCAAAGCCUCCCUCCAAAGGAGAAGCUUCUCGACUUCUCACUAUUGAAAGAUCCUUUCUUUUGUAUAUACACCUUCUCAGUGAUGUUCAGUCAGUUAGCAUACUUCAUUCCAUACUUUCACCUGUCGGCCAGGGCCAAAACCUUGGACAUAGAUGCAAUGGAUGCAUCCUUCAUCAUUUCUGUCGCAGGCAUAACCGAGACUGUGGCACAGCUUGCAUCAGGAUGGAUAGCUGACCAAAACUACACCAACAAGUUCCAUUAUCACAAAGCUUAUCUCCUUCUCUGUGGCCUUUCCAACUUGUUGGCUCCAAUGGCGACAACCUAUGCCCAGCUGAUGGUUUAUGUCGUGUUUUUUGCUGUAUUCUGUGGUGGAUACAUGGCCCUGCUUCUCCCAGUCCUGGUUGAUCUAGUUGGAGUGACUAAAGUGAGAAUCUCGUUGGGUUUUUCAAUGUUUUUUGCUGGGAUUGGCUGUCUGACUGGACCUCCAGCAGCAGGCUGGCUGUAUGACUACACACAGACAUAUGACUGUUCCUUUUAUCUGGCGGGCAUUUGCUACAUUUUGUCUGCCAUUCCUCUGUUCCUGGAGCCCACAGCACGUAGAUACAAGGCGAAGAAACGAGCAGAGACUCAGACAGUGAAGACUGAAACCAUAGCUAAUGUAGUCUGUAUAGCAGAUCGCCAAAAUGGACAAGUUGUUGUUCCGUCUGAUGUGAGAACUGAGAAGCUGGAACAUAACAGCUCUGUGUAAAUAAAACUUUGUCCAACGAGGAACUUGAAUAUAUUUAAUACACUGCAGUGGUGAAAUCUCAUCUGAAGUUGCAAAUUCAAGAAUCUAGGGCUCCAAGAAGAUUGUGCAGCAACAGUAACUGUGCAUCAAAGUAUUGUUUUUGAUACAAUUCAUUGGGGAAAAAAUUAUAAGCUGUGAAUUUUUGGGGGUCAUUGUGAGGUAGGAAAAUGCCAGAUUUAAAAAAAACAAGAAAAUUCUUCAGUGAUUUUCACUUCUCAUCCAUGUGAAAUUCAGAUAGUCCCUGGAUUUGAAACAAAGUAAAAUAUCUAACCAUUCACACUGUCAAUGCACUUUAAUCCAUCAUAAAGCUUCCAUCAAUAGCAACAACACAAUUCAUUUUUUAUAUUUAUCAUCACCAGACAGUCUCAUUUGGAAGAAGUACAGCAAUGCGAAACUAUAGUCACUUUUGUAUUCUGGUUCUGCCAAACUGAAUUGAGCCAUUUUGCAGUGAUGCCAUACUGUCAAUUGUCCCAGCACGGCAACCUAAUUUAUUUUAACAAACUUCAAACGGUGCAGCGGGUGAAACUAAUGCCUGACACAUAGUAACACCCAACUUUACAUAAGGUACUAUGGGUUCAAAAUCUUAUCAAACUCAAUAUCACUUCAUUUGCCCUUUGAGCCAGCCUUCCUCAUUUUCAUCCAAAACACAAAACCAUUAUUUUAACAAUUAAUAGACUCUUUCUUGGGACUUACCAUUUUAUGAUUACUUUAAAACUUAAUGUUCAUAGCCCUUACUACCGACCCUACAAUUCAUUUUAUUGAUGAAUACUGGCAGCUUUUAGUACAAACCCCAUUUCCAGAAAAGUUGGGAUAUUUUCCAAAAUGCAAUAAAAACAAAAAUCUGUGAUAUGUUAAUUCACGUGAACCCUUAUUUAACUGACAAAAGUACAAAGAAAAGAUUUUCAAUAGUUUUACUGACCAACUUAAUUGAAUUUUGUAAAUAUACACAAAUUUAGAAUUUGAUGGCUGCAACACACUCAACAAAAGUUGGGACAGAGUUAAAAUUUAGAUUGAAAAGUGCACAGAAUAUUCAAGUAACACCGGUUUGGAAGACUCCACAUUAAGCAGGCUAAUUGGUAGCAGGUGAGGUAUCAUGACUGGGUAUAAAAGUAGCAUCCAUCAAAGGCUCAGUCUUUGCAAGCCAAGGAUAGGUCAUGGCUCACUCCUUUGUGCCAAAAUUCGUGACAGAAUUGUUAGUCAGUUCAAAAGGAACAUUUCCCAACGCCAGAUUGCAGAGAAUUUAGGUCUUUCAACAUUUACAGUACGUAAUAUUGUGAAAAGAUUUAGAGAAUUCAGAGACAUUUCAGUGCAUAAAGGGCAAGGUCGGAAACCACUGUUGAAUGCCCGUGAUCUUUGAGCCCUCAGGCGGCACUGCCUAAGAAACCAUCAUGCUACUGUGACAAUUAUAGCCACCUGGGCUCGGGAGUACUUUGGAAAACCAUUGUCACUUAACACAGUCCAUUGCUACAUCCAGAAAUGCAACUUGAAACUAUUACGCAUGGAGGAAGCCAAACUCUAUGCAGAAACGCCGGCGAGUUCUCUGGGCCUGAGCUCAUCUCAGAUGGACCGAAAGACUGUGGAACCAUGUGCUGUGGUCAGAUGAGUCCACAUUUCAGCUAGUUUUCGGAAAAAACGGGCGUCGAGUUCUCCGUGCCAAAGAUGAAAAUGACCAUCCUGAUUGUUAUCAGCGAAAGGUGCAAAAGCCAGCAUCUCUGAUGGUAUGGGGGUGCAUCAGUGCCCAUGGCAUGGGUGAGUUGCAAGUAUAUGAAGGUACCAUUGACUCUGAGGCGUAUAUUAGGAUUUUAGAGAGACAUAUGUUGCCAUCAAGGCGAAGUCUCUUCCCGGGACAUCCAUGCUUAUUUCAGCAGGACAAUGCCAGACCACAUUCUGCACAGGCUACAACAGUGUGGCUUUGUAGACACAGAGUGUGUGUGCUUGACUGGCCUGCUGCCAGUCCAGAUCCAUCUCCUAUUACAAAUGUAUGGCGCAUCAUGAAGAGGAUAAUCAAACAACGGAGACCACGGACUGUUGAGCAGCUGAAGUCUUAUAUCAAGCAAGAAUGGACAAAAUUUCCAAUUGCAAAUCUACUACAAUUAGUAUCCUCAGUUCCAAAACGAUUAAAAAGAAAGGUGAUGUAACACAAUGGUAAACAUGCCUCUGUCCCAACUUUUGUUGAGUGUGUUGCAGCCAUCAAAUUCUAAAUUUGUGUAUAUUUACAACAUACAAUUAAGUUGGU